GGCACGUCCCAUCGGCAGAGGUGGCGCACGGACGUAGUAGGGGAUUCGAACGAUUCCCGUUCCCUCCUCCACGAUCGCGUUCGAGGCGGUCGAGAGUGAAGUGCCUGCCCCUGCAGGAACACCGGCCCGAGAUACCCGUCCCCGUACCAUUUCGAGUCUCUGGCUUGGCCUGGCCUGAUAGCGAGCCACCGAAUCCUCGUAAGCUCGUUUAUCCAUCCAUCCGUAUUGACGUUUCGUUCCGACCAGACACGCUCGAUACGAUGCCCGCGUCGUACGCCCGUGGGAUCAACGGACUGGUUCGAGCGUUGUGUGCUUCGUGAUAGUGUCGAGACAGUUUCGCGCGUGUGGAACGUUCAAACGAGGGCAAUAAUAACGAUCCACGUACCGUCACGUCUACUUUUUCGGGGAGCGGACUGUCGAACGACCCGAUCCGAAGGAGGAUCGAAAAGGUGCGAUGAUCGUUGUGGACUUGAGUUCUGUGCUUCUCGAGUUUCCCCUCUGAGUUCGGACAAAUUGUGAUUUUUCUCAGUUGUUGCCUCACCUGUGCGACAGGUAAGAUCGAUCGGGGAGAGGAGAGAUCGUUUCGACGAGGAAUUCGCCACGAUGAAAGGCACGCAACGACGGAAAGUACUAGGUGCGGAGUGCGAGUCGUAGGAGUCGUUUUCGUGAUGUAAGAGGGACCGUUUGAAACGAUGACUGGGGACGAUCGGCGGGAAUUAACGAUGACGGUGCAUUGUUGAAAAGGGGAGAAACUGCGUCGACGAGUGUGUAGUUUCGCGCUAACAAGAAUGAUACCUGUUCGAAUCGAAAACCCGGUGCGAAGAUGCCGCGGCUAAGAGCAAAUUUCGGUGCGAAUCGCGGAUAUUGACGCGUGGACGGAACUCGUGAACGUUGUCCGCGCUUCACACGGAUGCAACACCGUUCACUCUCGGCCGGUUCGAAUCUCGAUCGGUCGACCCCGGUUUCGAAAGAAUCCACGCCGUCGCUGAGAGGAAGGAAUCGAUCGGAAGGAAUGUGCACCACGGAAAUGACGGAAUCGUACACGAUGUCACCGUCGACGACGGUGUCCUCGAGCGCCACGACGCCCGGCUGCUUGGGAUCGCCGAUCCACCGACGGACGCCUUGCAGAGGCUCCCCCGGCCGGGGCGACGUGCAGGACGACGAGGACGAGAUCUCCGUUGGCUGCCCCAGCCCUUUGCCCCUGGUCGUGGUCGCGCCCGCCGCGGAGGAGGAGGAACGGUUGUCCCAGUCGAGGGAGGAAUACGUGGACAGACUGAGCCCGCGAAGAAGUUAUCCCAGGGAAUCGGUGAUCGACGACGAGGACAGUUACUCGCGCGGCGGCGAUUACAGGAUGUCGAACGGGAGAGGGCUUCGGGUCCACGAGGGUAGCGGCGGUGAUUCCGUGACCACGUUGAGGGACGAGGAAGAGGAGGAGGAGGACGACGAGGAGGAAGUGAACAGUAGGACUAGCAGUAACGGUGCGUCGGGGGCAGGUGCCGCGGACGAUUACUUCAAGCCUCUGAAACGUUUGAAGAUGGUGCAGAUGCAGCACUCGGACGAGGAGGACGAGAGGGAUCGGGACACGAACGAGCGCGGGGUUAAGUCUUUCAGCAUACUGGACAUCUUGUCGCACAGACCCAAGGCGAAGAUCGUGCGCCCCUGGGACACGGUCGAGUCGAAUCACCACCAUCUCAACCAUCACCACCACCGCCACCACCUGCAGCAGCAGCAGCAGCAGCAACAGCACCACCUCCACCACCACCAUCACAAUCAUUCCACGCCGCCCAGGGAUCUGUCCUUGAUGGGCAUGUCUCUGGCGUCCAUGUCAGCUGGCUCGAUCAGCGAGCCACCUCUCAGCAGCUCCUCCUCGUCCGGGAGGAGUUCCGUCUCCGAUUCCGGAAGCCCGGAUCCGUUGGGCCAUCAUCAUCACGGCAUGCAUCACGGUAUGCAUCCGAGCUUGCAUCAUCCGGUGUUGCAACAGCAGCAACAGCAGCAACAGUUCAAGAGGAAAACGUCGCAGCAGCACGGCUCCCAGAGCGGGCAUCAUGGGAAGAGGACCACGGGACAGGGGAGUCCUUUGGACGCGUUGUUCCAGAUGACCAGCAAAACUUUCGACGCCGGUGAGCACAGUCAAGAGCAAGCAAAUCACUUGAACUUGUUCAACAACCGGCAGCAACCGAAGAAGAAGCGCAAGAGUCGAACAGCAUUUACGAAUCAACAGAUCUUCGAAUUGGAGAAACGAUUCCUAUACCAGAAGUAUUUGAGUCCGGCCGAUAGGGACGAGAUUGCUGCGCAAUUAGGAUUGAGCAACGCUCAGGUGAUCACGUGGUUCCAGAAUAGGCGAGCGAAGCUCAAAAGAGACAUGGAGGAGUUGAAAAAGGACGUGCAGACAGUGAAUCCUCUGUUAGUCGCUCAACAUCACAAGACAUUUUUAGAGAACGUUCAAGAUCUUGGAAUCCUGAAGAAACGACCCUUGCCGAGCAUGGACGAGAAAUCGUAGGGAACGAGACGCCUCGAUGCUCGUCGUUGAGGAAAAAUCGUGAUUUGUUAAAACUAGAGGCUUACACAGGAAAAAACUGUCUAUUGAUCUAGAGAGAUCGCUUGUCGAUCGUAGUAAGCGUUUUCUAUAAUGCGAUCGUAAAAUUACGCAAAAGUGAAGUCAUACUUGUUUUUUUCUCUACGUGAAUCGACUCAACCAAGGUUUUGAGGUUAGGAUUUUCGUAGUUCUGUUUUCCGUAGUAUACUUGAUACGAUAUUACGAGUAUAAUAUUGGGGAAAAUGGGAAUUGUGAUCGUUGUGACAGCGUGUUUUUUGGAAAUAUUUGAUACAUUAUAGAAAAUUGUGGAUAGAGAUGGAGGAUAUGACUAGGCAUAGUACAAAGAAAGCGUCUUCUUCGACGAUAUAUCGCGGAGAACGAAAGGAGAAACCGUUUCAAUGAAACAACGAAAUAGGCGGAAUUCGUUCGUAGAAAUUACGCAUUGAUUUCUGUCGGUUUAUCCGUGAUGUUGAUACGUCGAGAAGAUGUACAAAGACUGAGAGAGUCUGCAAAAGUCUGACGGAUGAUAAGCGACGUUGAUGAGCCGAUUGAAAGUGAUCAUGGCAUGGCGAGGUGAGGAUACUAAAAAUGAAUCUUUUAAAUGUUUGUAAAUUAAAGACUGCCAAAUAUAUUCACAGCUGGCCCUCGUCGACUUCCGGUCCAUCGAAUGACAUUCUCGAUGUUAAAAUCAGGAUCGGAUCACCCCGUGUUCUCAGCCAUUUUACACAAAUUUUUAUCUCGAGGCGAUGUCAGACGGAAGAUAUAAAUGAGGCGAAAUUCUAUGUUGUACACGAAAGAAAGAGAAAUACGUGUUCUGACCAAAAUGUUAAAUGGAUUUCAUGUUUCCUUUAACGAAUACGUAGGAUGACUAUUCUUCGGACACCUGUAUCAUAUUGUAUUUAUUUGCGGAAAGACGAGAGAAGGGAAUCGCGAUGAAUAAAAAUCUAAAAGUGAUCCAGAAGAAGCAUCGAUGAUUUAUGUAAGUUAUUAAGUAAAUAUUAUAGCAUAUAAAUUAUAAUAGAGUGCUAUCGCGAGGCAUUCGUCAUUGUACAUAAGCUAUAUAUAUCUAUAUAUAUAUAUAUAGAUAUAUAUAUAUAUAUAUAUACAUAUAUACAUAUAUUACAUCGUUCAUCCCCCUCGAUAUUACGCAUAAACGAGAUAGAGUCGUCGUGUAUGAUUGAAAUGAACGGAAAGAGACACAAAAGAAGAAAAAUAAAUACUUAAGUAAAUAAAUAAAUGAAAAGAGACAUAUAAGUGAUACAUAGAUGGGACACUGCAAUAUACCUGGUCAUCAUUUUAAUUAGUGAGCUUUAUGAUCGCGUAAGAUGUAAAUCCGUAUCGCGCUUGAUGAUUUGCGAGGUGAUAGACGCGUGAAAUGAGAGCCGAGAGUGCGUGUGUAUGAACAGAAUCUUAGUAGCGUGUAUAGCGAGUCGAAAUAAAUGGAGACAUUUAAAAUAAA